AUGCAAUCCUAUCUCCAGUACAGACGGUUGCAACAUGCUGUCAACAGACAACUGGAAAGCAGGCCCCGCCAAUUGGAAUGGCCCAUUGGAGUUCCCCAGACAGAUGAUUUAGAAACACCAACGACCGAUUCACUCAAUGGAGAGACAGAUCAAAAGCGCCUAGGUGAUCCAGAAAAGGCACUGUCAGAGAAUGUCGCUCAAGAAAUUAUUUCAUUGGAGGGUGUACAAGCCAUGAAGCUCUCUGAUGUUAUCGGAAGUCAGCCGAGACAUUUGUUUGUGGUUGGCUGGGAAGGAAAAGAUGAUGCUCUUAGCCCGCGCAACUUCAGCCUCUUCAAACGCAUGAUCGCGACGUUACUUGUCUCCAUACUAUCGUUUGCUGUGGGAGCAGCCUCGUCCAUAAACGCUGCCGUACUGCCUCAGAGUAGCAAGACGUUCAACGUGAGUGAGAUUGCUGGGUCGCUCGUAACUGGAGUUUUCGGCUCUCCUCCUCUGACUUGUGCCGGAGGUACAAUCGCAGAUCUAUGGAGUCCACUCGAGAAGACUUUUGCUUUUCCAUUCUACGCCAUCUUUUCGUUUUCCGGGCCCAUACUCGCUCCAGUCAUCGCUUCGUUCAUGGGCCAAGGGUCCCUUUCAUGGCGCUGGGCUAAUUGGAUCAUCUUGAUCAUGUCCAGCUGUGUUCUCGGCAUAGUUGUCUUUCUACAGCCAGAGACUUAUAGUCUCCUGCUUUUGAAAUGGAAGGCUAAGCAUUUCCGCACAGUGACGGGGGACAGUCGAUUCGUAUCUGAAAUGGAUAUGAGCCACGCUGAGCUAGGGCCCUUCCGUCGAAUUUAUGGUGCAUUAAAGCGGGAGUUCCUCUUGACCCUUCGUGAACCAAUUGUGAUUCUGAUUUCUCUGUAUAUGACCGUAAUUUACAUUGUCAUAUUUACUUUUUUUUCGAUGGGUACGACUACAUUUUUGGUAAUGUACACGGACUAUCGCAAGGCCUAA